CGCGCAUCUCGUACUAACUCCCGAAAUUAGUCAAUUGUUUGGAGGCCCCGAUAUAAUGCAAUUACGCAGAGAUAGCGACUGUUUAUCACUGAAUAAUCGCAGAUAACGCCGCUAUCAUUUAUUUUCAAGACAUGUAUAUCGCAUUUUGCUUACUCGGUAAGAAAUAAUUUGCUUCUCGUAACAUGCGGUUGGAUAAAAAAGCCAUAGUGCGGGAUAUGACUGCUGUAGUUUGAUAACAACUUCCUCCUUGCUUUGAUUCGAUAUAAUUUCACGUCCAUGAUCCAGAAGGGAAGUGCAGUUUUUCCGAAAUGAGUAUGAGAGUGGUGUUAUGUGUUUUGUUUUUAACGCUGUUUCUCUUUGCUUGGGCAAUUGGAAGAGCAGAUGAUAUCUAUCAAACUGAAAAGAUUUCUGGUGAAACCGCUAAUGAUUGGUUUUUGGAAGCAACCGAGGCUCCACCCCGAAAUUCUGUCUUGGUGAUGGAAAAAGAGAAAAUGGUUCGAAUUAGCGGAAAUGAAUUAGAUGACUGCUCCUAUUUAAAACCACCAGUUAUCUACAACGCAACCAACACUACAAAAAUAACUCCAGGCCCAGCGAUUUUAUGGAAAUUUGCGGCAAACCUCAGUGGCUGUAACAAAAGUAUCAUUCUAAUCACAACCUGCACGAAUGUAAAGAAGGAUAACGACAAUGAAAUAUUCGAGAAAGACGUCAUAAGAAAAAACGAAACUCUAUAUCAAACGUUGAUUUUGAAACACCCAAUACUUUAUCGAUGUGAAGGCAAGCUAGUCACUGGCUCAACAGAAUCGAGUUCAUCGGGAACCGUCGUCAUUUCAAAUGAAAAAACAGAAAGUGAAGACCAUGCAGGCACCAAAUUGUUCGCAAGAGAGCCAGCGGAAAGUGGCACGUCUAGUUACAUUGAUGAAAGUACCAGUGAGGCAACUUCGGAAUUUACUGAUCCAGUGGAGACUGCACCACCAUCACCUAAAUUUAAACUAGAACUGAUGUCUAGAACAGCUGAGGACUAUAUUGAGUAUCAACAAAUUUCGAUAGCAGCAUACAAAUUCACAAAUUUUCCUAAUUUGCACCUUCCAGAACACCUUUUCAACAAAAUUGUGUGAAAACUUCUUCGAAGUCGCAAUUUAAUAAAACUCACUAACUAACUAA